AAUAAUUUGUAUUUACUUCUGAACGUACUGAACAGACGUAUUUUGAAUUAUAUAUUUUGCGUCGCAAUCUCAUUACGGUGUUAGGUGUUUGUUUAGUGUAACCGAGGGUGUAACAUUGCAAUUCAAUAUAAUGAAACAAUAUUUAAUUUGGAGCUGUGUAAUUGUGUAUGCUUUAAACGCUUGUUUUGCGAGCAAGCACACGUACGGUGUGCCAAAUUUAGGUGGUGACGUAUUUUUCUCCAAGAAGGUCAUAGAUCAAGUCACCGAAGAGCCAAAGAACUACACAAUUAUAUUCAAAUAUUUGGGUGGCAAAAUUCCAACUGUUCUGUCUUAUUUUGAAGUUGAUGUUAAUGUAUUUAGUGAAGGUGGUAUACAAGUAACAAAUGAAAUGAAGAAUAUUGACGCAACUAUAUCCAUACCUAAUGCACGGAAUGUCACAGCAACAAUAUCUCUGCACGGAUUCGGUAAGGAUCUAAUACCACUACUGAGUCAAUGGCCAUACAAAAAGGACGAUGCGUCAUCGAACAGUUACACAGUUGUUUACGUGAAGAAUGCUAGACCACCUAAGAAACCAUCAGCAUCAAAUUCAAUUGGAGCUAGGCAGAAGGGCGAUCGACUAAUUCAUUUUGAAAGCCGAAAUGUAACGAACAUUAGCCGCUUCCCAAGCAGAGCAUUUGAAUAUUCCGGCGAUGAGUCCAUCACUUAUGUUCGAUUUGCCUUUAAUUCACCGACCGCCAUGGCUCUUAUUAACACGACAUUUAUAUCUGAGAAGAGCUUUAACGCUGUUGCAUACGAUAUGAAUACGGAGCAUUUCGUCGCCAAUAUUUCAAUAUACGGAUUUGAUUACCUUUUUAGUCCAUAUAAUUAUGUUAAUUUAUUGGGAAUGAAUACCACCAAUUUUAACUAAAUUUCAUUUAUUUAUUUAACUUUAGUUUGUACAAUUGUUCGUCGAUAACACUGACUGAAAUUAAGUGUUCUGAGAGUAUAUCUUCGAAUAUGUCCAUGUUGGAAAGAUUAACAACACUAAAAGGUUAGAAAUCUUAUAAAAGUACGACGCAAUAAAAAUUUGUA